AGUGGAGCAUCGACGACGUGUACGAGACACGAACCUUGCCAAGGGUCAAAAGUGUAAACAAGUUUACUCCAGCAGUUUUGGGCCAAAAGUACGCAAAAAUAAGAGGAGAUCUGAGUAGUUCCAACCGGACGACCAGAGCAAACAGAGUUUCCUGACGAUGAACAGUUCGAAGAUUGUGUUCCAAAACGCUGUGCGCGGCGGCUGGUUCAAGAAUGGGUCUCGUUUUGUCCAUACAAUCAGACCUACACCACGAUCAUCGGUGAAGUUACAAUUUGUACUAUUGGGAACAUCUUGCUUAGCCGGGUACAUAUAUCUGAACAAGUCCAAAGGCCAUGUCAUUCAUGCCAAGUCAACGACUAUUUUGGAUUCGGCUGGAUCCCAAACGCCUGGACUUCCAGUAUUUAGACUAACCGAGGUGUCUAAGCACGAUGCCAUGGAUAAAAGGGUUUGGGUGACCUAUAAGCAUGGCGUCUAUGAUAUCACGGAUUUCGUGCCCAAGCAUCCUGGAGCUAAGAAUAUCCUGAUGGCUGCCGGAUCUUCAAUCGAGCCAUUUUGGGAAACCUAUGCGGUUCAUAAGAAUAAUAAGGAGGUCUACCGAAUGUUGGAAGAGUAUCGAAUUGGGAAUUUAGAUGAACGAGACUUCCGAGAUCAAUCCAAGGUUUCGGAUGCCCAAGAUCCCUUUGCCAAUGAACCCAAGCGUCAUCCAGCAUUAAAACCUUCAAGCGAGAAACCAUUCAAUGCCGAAACUCCCCCUGGUAUGCUCAUGAGCUCUUUCUAUACACCAAAUGACAUUUUCUUCGUACGAAGCCAUCUGCCCACUCCUGAAGUUAACGCCAAUCAAUAUGAAUUAGAAAUCUCUGGACCAGGAAUGGCAGAGGGUGUCCUCACUUUGAGCGACAUCAAGAAGUUUCCCAAGUACACUGUCACCUCCGUGAUUCAAUGUGGUGGAAACCGGCGAUCGGAAAUGAAUGCGGUCAAAGCUCUUAAAGGUCUGAAUUGGGAGGCUGGAGCGAUUGGCAAUGCUACUUGGAGCGGGGCAAAGUUGUCUGAUGUCCUUCAAGCUUCUGGAGUGAGCGAGUCUGUGGUUCAAAAGUCAAAGCAUAUUCAAUUCGAAGGAUACGAUGUUGGGGCAGAUGGCUCCCCUUACGGCGCUUCAAUUCCAUUGGAAAAGGGUAUGAACCCGUUCGGCGAUGUUCUUUUGGCAUACGAAAUGAACGGCGAGCCCAUUCCAAGAGAUCACGGCUUCCCUAUCAGGCUCGUCGUUCCCGGAGUGGUGGGUGCUCGAAAUGUGAAAUGGCUCAAUCGAAUCAUUCUUUCGGAUCGAGAGAGUGAUUCCCAUUGGCAACAAAAUGAUUAUAAAGGUUUCAAUCCGUCCAUUUCGUGGGACGAUGUGGAUUUCUCCAAAUCUCCCGCUAUUCAGAAUAUGCCCGUAACCAGUGCCAUUUGCACGCCGGAGUCCAACGAACUCAUCACCCCCGGGAAACUGACUUUGAAAGGCUACGCUUGGUCCGGUGGAGGAAACAAGGUCAUUCGUGUGGAUAUCACUGCUGACGGAGGGAAAACUUGGAAAGAGGCCGACAUCAUCAAACAAGAAGAUGUUACGGAACCGCAUCAUUAUGGUUGGACACUGUGGAAAGUUGAACUGGAUGUCCCUAAAGAUAGCGAGUCUGUUGAAGUGUGGUCCAAGGCCGUGGAUUCAUCGUACAACGUCCAACCAGAGACUUUCGAAAACAUUUGGAAUCUGCGCGGGCUUUUAUCCAAUGCCUACAGCAAAAAGAUUUACCAUGUCAAAUAAGCAAGCUUGUUUAUACUUCCCGGUGUUUAUAUCGAGUCGACAUAUUUUUAUGACCUUAUUACAUUUAUUUAAUACUCUUUACCCACUAAUGAGCUUGAUUUCACGCCGAUGUCAGAACAAUAGAGGUGCCGGGAAAAGUCGUUGGUCGCCUAGCCAACGGUUUCUCUAGCUCUUUUUCUCUACUUUCAAAUCCAAGAACCCGUGUUCAUCUCACCCAACCUCCAAUUCGAGAUUUCAACCGUCCAUUAGUGUCCGAUCAUCGCCCUUGUGACGUCAAAUAGUAAUCAAGUGUAUGUAAUGUAAGUGACGAGGAGAUCUGAACCAUUUCCAUUUAUUUUCGAAAAAAUAAUGCUAACUUCAUGACAUGGGCUAUCGAGGCGAUAUAUCGCAAUGGAAUUUCGUUACUAAAUACAUGGUUCCAAAACGUUAGAUGUUAUUAUAUCGCUUUCAUGUGUAGUUUGAGUGAAGAUGGGGGGAUGGAUGGUUGCCUCGCUCCUCGAAAUGGUUCGAUGAUCAGCCCAGUCGAUAAAUGGGGUUCCACGGCUAGUGACAAAGCCCGCAUCCUCGACCGCUUGGAAUUUGUACUUUGGCAUAAGCUUCGUUCUUCUUCGAUCUUCUUCAAUCAUGUGGUUGGUUGGUUGGUGGUUGGUUAAGUCAUUUUGUUGGGUGGUGGGUAACCUUUGGGGUUGGCAUGGAGUCAUGGAGUAGUCUAGUCUUCGUCGUGAGGAAAUGGCUCCGAGGUCGGUCAAACGGGGGGAUUGUAGUGAUAAUAAUAAUAAUAUGAAUUGAAGAGGUGUGGUGGUAAUUGUAGUAGUUGUAGUUAGGGAUAUUGACGAUGAUGAAAGAGUAGUAGACAC